AAUUGAGAGUUAAGGAGAGAAGGGCUGAAAAGGGAGGAGAGGAGAAGCCACCAAUGGCGGAUUCAUCGCAUAGAGCUGCCAGUUUCUUGACUCAGGCAAAUGCUCUGUUCAGGAAGAACCUCAUUUUCCAGAGAAGAAAUAUGAAGACAAAUAUUAGGCUCAUAUUAUUCCCAUUAUUUCUCAGUUUGCUGGUUUUGCUGAUCCAAACGUUGAUUGAAAAUGCACUGAAUGGCGAUCCUGACGAAAGGUGUGGCUGCUCCUGCAUUGACAAAAAUGCAGAUGGUUCAUGUAAAAGAACUGUCUGUGGGAUUGCGUACUCGGAUUUGGAACAAGCAGGAUACUGUCCCAUUCGUAGGCCUCAGGAAUGGCCAGCUUUAUUGCAAGUGCCCGAUCUAGAAGAACGCUUGCCAAAUAAGUCCUGCCGCCAGAAUGACUCCUGCCCAGCUACUAUACUUCUUACUGGGGGUAACAGAUCUCUUGGAGAAAGUGUAGCAAGAAACUUUUUCACGGGUACUUUCACUCCAGAUUCUUCAGAUAUGUUGCACAGCUUUGCCAACAUCAUGCUGGGUUCAUCCUCAGCACCUGCUUUUUAACAAUUUUUUGGAGCCAGCUUUCGGUUCUAGGCUUCCAGUUUAUAUCCUACAACCUCAGUGUGUGCCAAAUUUUACACUUUCCAUUCCCAUCCAGAUAGCUUCCCAAACAGUGCAGCAAGGUGUGGAUGUUUUGAUUCGUUUAUCUAUACAUAAUUUGUUUAUUUAUAUUUUUUUCAAAUUUUCCAUUCUUCAAGUAAUUGCUGGGCAUGAAUUGAUACGGGUAUCUACCACAGCCACAAAUCUUUAAUUCAUCUAAUAUGAAAUCUUAGAUACCCAUCUGCAAGAUGCAAAAAUAUUUCCAACUGCCGGUACGUAUACAUGGUACAGGUGCAGAGGAUGAGGCAUAUCCUUUGUUUCCACCAUUCUGUCCAAUCUGACAAAAGAGAUCUCUGGUGAGACUCAUUGACAGUUGAGAAUGUAAACCUGCAUAGGAUCCAUAAAUACUUUGCUGUGGUUGGCAGGAAAUCGGUAGACCAUGAAUCUCU